UUCUUUUAACCACGUGAUUGAAUGAUUAAAAAAAAAAAAAAAAAUUCAAAUUCUGUUUACUUGAUCUCUUGACAAAUCUUUACUAUCAUUUUAAACUGAGAACCAGAUAAUUAACUUUGGCGAACACGAAACACUUGAAAUGCGUAUCGAUACUUGUUAUUUUUGUUCGUCUAAAAUAUACCCAGGACAUGGAAUGCAUUUUGUAAGAAAUGAUUGUAAAGUAUUCAAAUUUUGUCGCUCUAAGUGUCAUAGAGCAUUCCAAAAGAAAAAGAACCCAAGACGUGUAAGAUGGACAAAAGCUUACCGUAAGGCUGUUGGUAAAGAAUUGGCCGUCGACCCUUCAUUUGAAAUUGAAAAAAGACGUAACAUACCCAUGAAAUAUGACAGAGAAUUUUGGCAAAUGUCGAUGGAAGCGAUUAAGAAAGUUACAGAAAUUCAAAAAAAACGUCAAUCAACCUAUGUAAUGCAGCGAUUGCGUAAGGGACGAGAAGUUGAACAACACAGAGAUAUUCGAGAAGUUCAAAGAGAUAUGGCUUUGAUUAAAUCUCCUGCUGCAGGACUUAAGCAACGUUUGGCUACUGAAGAAAAACUACUUGAAGAACAAGAAAAUGAUGUAGAGAUGGUGGCCACAGAAGAUGAGAAUAAUAUAGAUCAUAGUAAAUUGUCUUACAUAAAAAUAUGAAAUAUUUCUAAUUCU